AUGUUCAGCGGCUCCGUCGAAGUAUACAUCGCGUUCAGCUUGCAGCGAGUGCUGCAGGUGCGCAGCGCUCACGGCAUGUUCGUGACGGGGCUGGAGUUCCUGCCCACGCAGCUCGCCAGCCGCAGCGACGCCGCCUUGCUCUCCAUCUCCGUCGACAACUGCCUCUACGUGCACAGCGUGCCCUCUCCAAGUACUGUACCUGCCUGGGUUGCCAUCAUUCUUAUAGUUUUCGUUUUAUUUUGUACUUUUACUUUAUGUUCAUAUUUAGGUAUAUAA